UCUUUACCUCGUUGCAGUUCUAGUUAUUUCCCCCCUGUAUGAGUAUUAACAAUAGUAUAUCCUUGGGCAACAAUACUGAUUAGUUGGCGUUUAGCGUUUAAAGUAGUAUGUACAACUAGUUGGUUAGAGCAGUUUUGGACAGCCCAUUACUUACAAUAUUGCUGCGUUGUAACUGAAGCUAAACUCACAUGGUCCAACUUUAAUGGGGGGUUCGCCUUCAAAUUUGACUUUGGUCUUUUUCGAACAGGCUCGCUUGGUCCUAUUUCUGUCUGCAUUAACACUAAUAUUAUUUAUUGCAUUGGAAAAACCUCAUAGCAAGCAAGUGCUCAUGAUGAUUGAUAAAGAUGUUGAUGGAUUUUAGUAAAAACUACCACACAACUAAUGCUCUAGUGUGGUUGUCUGCAAACGACCUCCUGUUGUUGUUUCUCCUAUUUUAUAAUUCUAAAUAUCAAUACAUUGAGAUUUGUAGAAGAAGACCCUUGUUCUGAUUUAACAGUCAUUGCUAAUGCUAAUGAAUGAAUCGUCUUCUUGUAUUGUUUAUAAAGCAUGAGCACUAUUAAUGCCAUGGUUUUCUCGAACUUGACUUUGGAAUACAUUUUUCCAACCAAGCAAAGGGAUUGUAGGUCUCUGGCCUUGUUGCCCUGUUGUUCCCAUGCCAAGUUUUUUUCAUCUUCUUCUUUGAUGGGCAGAGGGCAGCCAAGAAGAAAAAGUUCUGGAUCUCUUGCUUGGGCUGUCAAUAAACUCAGGGUAGCGGAUUCCCCCGUUGUGGAGAAUGUGCAGCAACAUCUCCAUGCUAAUGUUGAGAUCCGUGUGAACUGUUACGAGAUUUUGGGUUUGCCGGAUGGGUGUUCCAAAGAUCAAGUGGUGAAAGCGGCCAUGGAGUUGAAGAGUGCUGAGAUUGACGAAGGGUACAGUUCGUCUGUUAUGCCAUAUCGCCAGGAAUUGUUGAUGGAUGUACGAGAUAAGCUUCUCUUUGAGCCAGAGUUUGCAGGGAAUGUGAGGGAACAUGUGCCCCCAAAAUCUUCCCUAAGCCUUCCUUGGCCAUGGCUGCCUGCUGCCUUGUCUCUCCUGCAAGAAGUAGGGGAGGACAAAAUUGUAUUGGAAGUAGGCCGAGUCACUAUGCAACAAGCCAAUGCCAAGCCUUACAUCCAUGAUAUUUUACUUUCCAUGGCAUUGUCAGAGUGUUCCAUAGCCAGAAGAGCCUUUGAAAGUGGCAGGGUUUCAAAAGGCUUUGAUGCUCUUGCUCGAGCUCAGUUGCUGCUGAGGAGUAAGAAAUCUUUGGCAAAACUAACUCUGUUAGCAGAGAUUGAAGCUUCUCUGGAGGAGCUUGCACCCACAUGCUUGCUAGAACAUCUAAGUAUGCCCCGAACACCUGAGAAUGCAGAAAGAAGAGAGGGGGCAUUGGCAGCAUUGCGGGAAUUACUUAGACAAGGCCUGGAAGCUGAAGUGUCAUGUGCAGUUACUGAUUGGCCAGCUUUCCUUGGUCAAGCAAUGAAUAAAUUGCUGGCAGUCGAAAUUGUUGGUUUGCUUCUUUGGGACAGGCUUGCUACUAUUCGAAAGAAUUAUAGUUCUUCUGAAGCUCGACAACAACGGAAUGUUAUAAAUUUUGAUUGUUUCUACAAGGCAUUGUUAGGCCACAUUGCUGUGGGUUUCUCACGCAAACAUCCUGAAAUGAUUGAAAAGGCCAAUAAUAUCAUAGAGAGUCUGGAAAGGACUGAAGCUGUAAAUUUGAGUUUGGAGGGUGCCAUCUGUAAAAUACUUUUGGGAGAGGAUAAAGUUGUACUCACAGAGGAUUUUCAAAAGUUUGGUGUGAAUGGGAGCUCACGAAUGCGACCUUGGGCUGAGACAGGUUUACAAAAAUCAGAUAGUAGAGGUGCAGAUUUGUAUGAAUCCUUGGAAAAAUGGCUGAAGGAUGCUGUACUUGGGGCCUUUGUGGAUACACGGGACUGUACACCUUCUUUGGUAAACUACUUUGGUAACAAGGUGAAAAUGCCUAUAAAUGGCCUGAAAAGGAAAGAAGUUGACCGUUCAAUACCUCAAGUAGGACAAAGGUUUCCAUUUUAUACUUCAUCACAGUCACAGAUUUUAAGCUCCUCUGUCCAAGCUUUAACUUGCUCUUCUCCAACUGAAAUUCCUGAAGCUGGAGGCAACCUAUCACCCACCAGUAGCCAAAGUCAUUCAAUAUUCAACAAGUCUAAAAAUGCUUCAUCCAUGAUAUGGAACCAAAAUGUUGGGGUCUCACGAAAGAGACUAUCCAGAAGCUGGUUAAGGAAGGGUAAAACAGCAGGAAAAUUAUUUUUGGUUGCUCUCCUUGGAGGCUGUGCAUUUAUAUACCUUAGGUUGCAUCUGCAGUCCAGACCAAUGCCAUUUUCAUAUAAAAGCUUUGCUGCACAACAGGAUUGUGCAAUGAAGCCAUCAGCAGGUCCGUCAUCAAGUCAUUCAACUAGCACUGCUCAGAUCCAAAGAGGAAACAUUGGAAGCAGGUUGACUAUGGCAAUCGCAAAGUCUCUGAUCCCAUUUACAAAGAAGUGUGAAUAUCAAGCUGAUCAAAAUGCAUGGCCUAUUACUGAUCUGUCACUCUUAAUUGGAAAGUCAAGGCACAAUGCAUUUUACAGAAAACAAAUGGUGUUCAGGGAAGCAGAGAGUUUGGUAAGGCUUUGGCAAAGUAUGAAAGCGGAGGCCCUGGGACCCAACCAUGAGAUCCAUCAUCUAGCUGAAAUUCUUGCAGAGCCAAUGCUCACACAGUGGCAAGCUCUGGCAGAAUCUGCAAAAUCAAGGUCAUGCUUUUGGAGAUUUGUACUCCUGCAUCUCUCUGUUGUGCAUGCUGAAAUCUCAUCUGACGAUAUGGGUUUGGAGAUUGCUGAAAUAGAAGCAGUUUUGGAAGAAGCAGCUGAACUUGUCGAUGAGUCCCAGCUUAAGAAUCCCAAUUACUAUAGCACAUAUCGUAUAAGGUAUGUUUUGAAGAAAGGCAGUGAUGGAAAAUGGAAAUUUUGUGGCGGCGGCAUUCAAUCUCCAGUUUAGAACCUCAUUCAGCAAUCUUGGUUUCAUCUCCUUAAGCUUUGUACAUUAUCUUAUAAUGAAUACAGAUUUCCAGAAGUUCUUUGCUUGGGGACAUCCUGCAUGCACUUCUGAGCACAGCAACUGGAAGGAGAUAAGAGAAUUGGGAAGUUCUAUUGCAAUUAAUUGCAUUUGGACUCUUGGAAGACAUGGCAUCAAAAAGGUUAGAAGUAAUGAAUUGUUUAUUCCACAUUGUGCGUGGCAUAGUUUUUGUGGGGUCAAUUCUUUGCUUCCAGUUCUGUCUUUAUGUUGCUUCACUGAGAAUAUGGUGGAUUUAGCCUUUACUGUUUCUUCCCACUUAAUUUUGCCAUUGAAGCAAAUGUCCAUUGGAAUUUUAUACUCAGGUGAUAUUACAUCCUGGAUUGUGUGUGCUGCAGUCUAUUUUUCCAGCAAUUCUAUGGAAAUAGACCAGACAGUCGUGUGCCGAGCCGAAUGUGCACAUUGCCCAUGAAAGAGCCGGGCUUCACAUACUUAUAUUUGUUUCUUAAGUUGGAUUGACUAUGUUCUUUUAAUUCACUGACAUAUAGAUUACACGAGUCAAAUGGCUAACCUGGUCGGGAGCACUAAUUCCAUUCGUUGAAGAUAACAUUGUUGUCUACAGGCUUUUCAUCUAGUUGCUUGGACUGCUUUUUCUGCACCAUAUUAUCCUUGUGUAGAAUGCUUUGUACUGAAAUUUUGCCUAGGGCCAAAUAUUUUUGGAGUUGAAUAAUCCUAGCAGGCCAUUGCACUAUCAAUUGAAAGCAGAUUUUAAUUCAAUGAAGGAGUUCAGUCUCAUCUAUAUUUGAAUAGAUCUGGCAAAAUUUCUUUUAAGUAAAACAAGGUGGCCUAUAUAUGUGUUCCACAAUGGUCAAUCUUGACUUGACGAUUUUGUUGGAGGAAAAUUUGUAGAGACGACUAUGGCAGCUGAAAUAUAUUGACUCUUGAGCAUCUCAUAUGA